CCGCCCCAGGCGAUGCUCACAUUUUCCAGUGUUUAGAUUUUAUCCGCUUUAUUAAUGAGGCAGGCAAGAGGCCCGGGUGGGGGUGUGGGGGUUUGUUCCUGCCCCCGCUGAGAGGAGGGGGUCACAGAGACCAGACCAAUUCAAAGAACCUCAGUCCUUGGCGGGAAGGAGCUGGGCCUGGUUGUCCUGCCCAUUGCCAGGAGCAGAGGUUUUGCCCACUCAAGGCUUCCAAGCCCAGAGGGCAGGCAUGCGUGGGGUGGAGCAGCCCCUGGAGGCCAGUGGGGUGCGGGUAGAGGCGGCACGCAGCCGAGGAGCCGCCCCAGGAAGAGGGAGCGGCCUGCCGGGAGCCAGGGAGUAGCUGGAGCGGGCAGCAGGAGCCAAGUUCCGGCCAUGGGGACCCUGCAUCCUGAGCAGCACCGGCCCUCUUGGCCACUGAUAUGAGCCCCUGUGGGCUUAACCUGAGCCUGGCGGAUGAGGCAACAACGUGUGCAACACCCAGGGUCCCCAACACCUCUGUGGUGCUGCCAGCAAGCGAUUCUGGCACGUCACCAGCACUGCCUAUCUUCUCCAUGACGCUGGGUGCCGUGUCCAACGUGCUGGCGCUGGCGCUGCUGGCACAGGUUGCAGGCCGUCUGCGGCGCCGUCGCUCAGCUGCCACCUUCCUAUUGUUCGUCGCCAGCCUGCUGACCAUCGACCUGGCAGGCCAUGUGAUCCCGGGUGCCCUGGUGCUUCGCCUCUAUGCUGCAGGACAUGCGCCUGCUGGCGGGGCCUGUCAUUUCCUGGGCGGCUGCAUGGUCUUCUUUGGCCUGUGCCCACUCUUGCUUGGCUGCGGCAUGGCCGUGGAGCGCUGCGUGGGUGUCACGCAGCCUCUGCUCCACGCGGCGCGAGUGUCGGUUGCCCGCGCACGCCUGGCACUAGCCGUGCUGGCCGCUAUGGCUUUGGCAGUGGCACUGCUGCCGCUAGCACACGUGGGUCGCUACGAGCUACAGUACCCUGGCACCUGGUGUUUCAUUAGCCUUGGGCCUCCUGGAGGCUGGCGCCAGGCGUUGCUUGCCGGCCUCUUCGCAGGUCUUGGCCUGGCCGCUCUCCUUGCGGCACUCGUGUGCAAUACGCUCAGCGGCCUGGCGCUCCUGCGUGCCCGCUGGAGGCGUCGCCGGUCUCGACGUUUCACAGAGGCCACAGGUCCCGACGAUCGCCGGCGCUGGGGGUCUCGUGGACCCCGCUUGGCCUCCGUCUCGUCUGCCUCAUCCAUUGCUUCAGCUUCUGCCACCCUCCGCAGCUCUCGGGGCGGCGGCUCAACGCGCAGGAUUCAUGCGCACGACGUGGAAAUGGUGGGCCAGCUCGUGGGCAUCAUGGUGGUGUCGUGCAUCUGCUGGAGCCCCCUGCUGGUGUUGGUGGUGUUGGCCGUCGGGGGCUGGAACACUAGCUCCCUGCAGCGGCCGCUCUUUCUGGCUGUGCGCCUCGCGUCGUGGAACCAGAUCCUGGACCCAUGGGUGUACAUCCUGUUGCGCCAGACCAUGCUGCGCCAACUGCUUCGCCUCCUACCCCUGAGGGCAGGUGCCAAGGGUGGCCCAACAGAGCUGGGCCUAACCAAGAGUGCCUGGGAGGCCAGUUCACUACGUAGUUCCCGGCACAGUGGCUUUAGCCACCUCUGAACCUGCCCAGAAGCUAAGCCAAACCACUCUGUGCAGGGCUCAAGG